GCGGACUUGAAGCCCAAACCGGUGCCUACUUCUCCGGCACGUUGUCCUGCCGUUCGUGUUUGAGCCGAGGAGGUUCGAAGCGAAAUCACUCCUUUACUCAACCACUUUUUCGAUCAACACACCACUGAUAUUUUCAGUCGACCAAAGCGAUGGUGAUGGAGAAGCCAAGUGCCCAGCUGGUCGGGCGAGAGUUUGUCCGACAGUAUUACACACUGCUCAACCAGGCCCCAGACUACCUGCACAGGUUUUAUGGGAAGAACUCAUCCUACGUUCAUGGAGGCCUGGACAGUAACGGCAAACCCCUGGAGGCUGUGUAUGGACAGGCUGAGAUCCAUAAGCGCGUGAUGGCUCUGAGCUUCAGGGACUGUCACACUAAGAUCAGACACGUGGACGCUCACGCCACCUUGAGCGAGGGUGUGGUAGUGCAGGUGAUGGGAGAGCUCUCCAACAACAUGCAGCCAAUGAGGAAGUUCAUGCAGACGUUUGUGCUUGCCCCAGAGGGGACCGUGGCAAACAAAUUCUAUGUUCACAAUGACGUGUUCCGUUACCAAGAUGAAGUGUUCGCCGAUUCUGACUCUGAGCCCCCAGAAGAGUCUGAGGAUGAGGUGGAGGAGCUGGAGGAGAGGGUCCCAUCUCCAGACACCACCGGCGAAGACUCUGCUCAGUACUACGACCAAAACCCAUGCUCCGAGCCUGUUGGCCCUGGAGAGGAGGAUGAGGGUGUGGCCGUGAGCCCAGAACCUGAGCCGGAGGAGGAGAAGGAGGAGGAACCGUCUGAGGAGGUGAAGAUCGAGGCGCUGGACACACAGACAGACGCUCUCUCUGCAGAUGAGACGGAGAAAAGCCCCGCCCCCACAGCCACCCCCACCGAGUCCACAACCACCGAACCCUCCACAACCGCACCCGAGGAGAACAGGCCUUUCUCAUGGGCGUCAGUGACCAGUAAAAACCUUCCUCCGAGUGGCGCUGUUCCAGUCUCAGGAUCUCUCCCACAUGUCGUCAAAGUCCCACCCACAACACAGCCCAGAGUGGAGGUGAAGUCGGAGUCUCAGACCACAGCACAGAGACCUCAGAGAGACCAGAGACCCAGAGAGCAGAGGCCUGGAGGAGCGCCACCUGUGCACAGACCCAGACCAGGUCGGGAGGGGGAGCCGGGGGAGGGCGAGGGGAGGAGGACCAUGCGGUAUCCAGACGCCCAUCAACUGUUUGUGGGGAACGUGCCUCAUGACGUGGAGAAGGCCGAGCUCAAGGAGUUCUUUGAGCACUAUGGUACAGUGCUGGAGCUCAGGAUUAACAGUGGAGGGAAGCUGCCAAACUUUGGGUUUGUGGUGUUUGAUGAUGCAGAGCCAGUGCAGAAGAUCCUCAAUAACAGGCCCAUUAAAUUCCGUAACGAUGUGCGUCUGAACGUGGAGGAGAAGAAGACUCGCUCGGUGAGGGAGGGCGAGCGGCGCGAUCUCCGACCCCGUGGCGCUGGCGGUCCGGGGGGUCCCAGGAUCGGAGGAGGUCCCAGAGGCCCCCCAGGCUCCAGGGGCGGCAUGGCUCCAAAACCCAGCUUCGGCACAGGGCGAGGGGCUGGUCCCAACGACGGCCGCUACUCCGCUCAGCGACAGUGAACAAACAGCGCCACCUAGAGUUUUAGUUACUUCACUGCUACGAUUGGACUCAAACUAAAGCCAAGAGUGACAAGAGGGGCCAGGGAGUUUGGGAUUAACUAAACCAGACUUCACAUCUCCUCCUCUUUCUCCAUAAAGUGUUCACUGCUACAAUCAGACUCUACUAAAGUCAACCUGAGUCUAGGUUUGAGCUUAACUAAACCCAACCUAUCUCCUAUCUCUCCUCUACAACCAGACAAGUGUUAAGCCUGUUUUUGAGUUUAAGUCUGGACUUAAUUAAACCAAAUCUUUAUCCAGGUUUGAGAUUAACUUCACAACUACUCCUGUAUCUCAUAACAUGUUCUCAGCUACAAUUAAGACAAGGUUUGAGUUGAUUUAAACCCAGCUUCUUCUAUCCCUCACCAGACAAUGUGUUAACAACUCAAACUCAAAAGAAAUCCUAAUCUUGAGUUGGAACUAAACUAAACCAAAUCUUUUGUCUUUUUUUUUUUUUUUUUUUUACAACUAUAGGAGCUUUUCAGGGGUAAUAAUGAGUCUGGGUUGAGGAUUAACUAAAACAGACUUCACAACUCCUCCUUUUUCACUAUAAAGUAUUUAAUGUGGACUCUAUAAAGAACUCAAGAUAAAGUCAACCUGAGUUUAGGUCUGAGCUCAAAUAAACCCAACAAAUAUCUUCCUAUCCCUCCUCUACAUCCAGACAAGUGUCAUCUACAGCUGGACUCAAAAGAAAGCCUAAUCUUGAGUUUAAGUUUUCACUCAACUAAACCAAAUUUUUGAUUUGUGUAGGAUUAACUAAACCAGACUUCACAUCAUAUUCAUGGCUGCAAUCUGACUCAAAUUAAAGUUAAGGUUUGAGCUCAAGUAAACCCAAGAUUAUCUCCUCCUUUACAACCAGACAAAGUGUGACUAAAGAAAACCUAUUCUUGAGUUUGAACUUAACUAAACCAAAUAUUUGUCUCUUUUCAUGACUCAAAGGUUGGGAUUAACUAAACCCGACUCUCCAUAACAUGUACACAACUACAGUCAGGCUCAAGUUAGUCUACGUUGGAGCUGAACAAAACCCAGCGGUACGUUUCCCUCUUUUGUAACUAAAGUGUUAAUAGACAAAAGAAAGCCUAUUCUUGAGAUUGGACUUAACUAAACCAGACGUCAUAUCUUCCUCUUAUUACUAACUUGCAACAACAAUUGAGUUAGAUUGAACGAGUAACAGAAGGAAUUUGUGUGUUCUCAUUUUUCAGUUUUCAGCUACAAAAUGUUUAUUGGUACGUUUGGUCAGUAACUCAGGAAAAAGCAAAUUUACCUUGAAUUUGGGCUUAAUUAAACUAGACUUCAUAACUCCAUCUGUACCUAGAGCAGGCUCAACUUAACCUGAUGUUCGUAUAUUCAGUGGUCCUUUUAAAACCAGGCUAAUAAUUGGACUUGUAACACUUCCCACUGAACUGUUAACUAGGUUUUGAGUCCAAGUUUGGGCCUAACUAAUCUUGACUUUCACAAUUCCACUUACUCUUCCCGUAUUGCAAAGAUGAGGCUCAACUAAACCUAAAAUCGAACUGGUCCCUGCAGUAACAGUAGUAAUAUUUGAGUCUGAAUUUGGGCUUGACUAACUAACUUAUCUCCUAUUUGUCGCUCCCCGUUUAAACCAUAGAAGUGUUUUAGUUCGCGGUGAGCAUAGCCGCGUGUGGUCUCUCCAAGAUGGCUGAUAUUUUCCCUCCUGUCCCCCUCUUCCUCCUUCACCAUGUUUUGAAUGUCUUUUUAUUUUAAUUUUUCUCCCCCCCUUUUUUUUUUUUCUCUUCCUACACAUGAAUUACCGGAACAUUUGUCUUUUUUUUUUUUUUUUUUGUUAACUUUUGCUGAACUUGUUUUAAAACAAAUUUAAAACAUAAAAAAAGGGUAAAUACUACUUGAAAUGGGGCAUAAGAACCCAGAGAAUAGUUUUUUGUUUUCGCGUUCAGUCUCCUGUUUCUUAAAGGAACGUGUAACUUAACUGCUUGGGCAAUCCUGUGUAUUGCUGCCACCCCUAUGUAUCUAGAAAGGGUCUUUUUAUUCUACCAGGUCAAUGCUGAGCUGCAGUGCUUUUUAUCAGAGAAAAUAUGUGCUUGUUUAAUUGUUUGUGGUUCCGUGAAUGAUGCGUUUGACUGGAGCGUGUCUCAAAAAAUAUGCUUCUGUUUUGUUUUUUUCAAAUUUUGUCGUUCAGCUUCUUUUACCGAUGCACUUCAUUUGUCACCGUGUUUAAAUGAGCUCACCUGCUGACGAAAGAACUAAAUUAAAGUGUUUUACUGUUUUAAA